ACAGCAAAGAUUUUGCAAGGUCAUGAUUUUAGCUCAACUAUGAAAAAUAGUAUAUGAUAACGAUGGUUGUAUAUUUUGGAACAUGUAAAGUUUCUAGACUGACCAUAUGUCUGUUAUUAAUUGAACUUGCCAGUACUCAAAAUUGGUGGAACUUCGAAUCCUACAUAAAUCCAUUCAAACUUCCUGUAUUUACUCCACUGCCAAACCAACGGUUUACUCAUAUUCCUGAAGUCAAUCAAUACGUUCCGAUGCCAAACGAUGUUGUUGUGGACAUACCAAGGGCCGGGAUGGGAAAGUUUAUUGGUUUUUCUACUACGAUAAAUUAUGGCCAUACCUGGUCAAGGUGGCAACCAACAAGUGGUCGAUUGAUCAAUGCGUUUCUCGGAAUACCAUAUGCAGCACCCCCAACCGAUGGAAGAAGGUUCAGGUUUCCCGUUCCUGCUUACUUAGAUACCCGAUUUCCUUGGUUUGCAAAACGCUUUAGAUCAGCGUGUAUGCAACCAUACAUCUGGCUUAGCCGAUUUAUACCAGGCUUUACAGAUAUAAGUGAAGACUGUUUGUAUCUGAACAUUUAUUAUCCAAAUAAUACAUUGGAUGCUUCUAAUACCCGUUAUCCUGUGAUUGUACAUAUUCAUGGUGGAAGUUAUGUUUAUGGUUCUAGUCAUAUGUAUCCUGGUUUAGCAUUGGCUUCCAAGGGUUUAGUUGUAGUAACAUUCAAUUAUCGUUUAGGACCGUUUGGUUUUCUCGCAACUGGUGAUCAUGCAUCGAUCGGUAAUUAUGGUCUAUGGGAUCAGUUGCUUGCAAUCACUUGGGUUAAACAAAAUAUCGAAUGGUUUCAAGGUGAUCCUGAAAAAAUUACAUUAAUGGGAGAAAGUGCUGGUGCGGCUAGCGUCGGUCUUCAUUUAAUCUCACCGUUAACACGAGAAAGAUAUUUAUUCAACCAAGCAAUAAUGAUGUCCGGUUCUGAUUUAUCCCAAUGGGCAUUCAGUGACCCAGCCAAAGUUCGUACACGUUAUUAUGCAAUUGAACUAGCUCAACGAUUAAAUUGUUCUUCAGUUCAAAUUAAUGCUAUAAAUGAAUCACAACAAUAUAUACGUAAUGCUAAUUUGCAUCGCUCAUAUACGAAUAAAACAUUAAAAUUGCCAUUUGGUGAAUCAUAUGUGAAACAACCUUUAACUAUACCAUAUUCUGUACAAGUGGAUGCAUAUGCAUUAAUUUAUUGUUUAAGAUAUGAGAAAACUGCGGAACAAAUUAAUGAUGCUGUCCUUGAAUUACACUCUCUUCCAGGAGCUCCAUCAUUUGUCUGGACACCAGUUGUUGACGGAAUAUCUGGUUUCUUCCCACGUACACCAGCUAAAGAACGUUCACUAGGUAAUUUUGCUAAAAUACCACUACUUGCUGGUGUUGUACAAGACGAAGGUUCGCUGGCAUUAGAACACUUUUUAUAUCAAUUAGAUCAAUAUGGUUACACAAUUGAAAAUUUUACAGAUACUAUUGUAAGACGUUUUAUUGGUACCCUGUUAAAUGAUUUAAAUGUUUUUCGACAUAAUCAAACUGCAGAAGAAUUAUAUACACGUUAUACAUGGUGGUCAAAUUUAGAGAAUAAUACUGCGCGAUGGAAACGUACUGUUGACUUGGUUUCAGAUAUGGAAAUUAUAUCACCAUUAGAUUCUAUUGUAAAAUAUCAUUCAGUCUAUUCACCGUCAGUUUACUUCUAUGAAUUUUCCUAUUCCAGUCCAAAUGACAAACAAGCAACACCAGAAAUCGGAAUUUAUCAUGGAAUUGAAUUGCCUUUUCUAUUCGGAUUCCCUUUUAUGAAUAAAUCAAUUUGGCUAACAUUAUUCGGCGAGAAUAAUCCGUUACCCCGAUGUGUAUCAGACAAUUAUGUUUAUCCAUAUGAUACAAAUAUCAGUGAAUAUUUAUUGGAUUUAUGGGCAAAUUUUGUGAAAUAUGGAAAUCCAACUCCACAGAAUGUGAAAAAUAUUAAAUGGCCAAAUUUUAAACAACCGGAAGAAGCUUAUCUUCACAUUGAAUUGAAUAGUUCAAUUAAAUAUCAUUAUAGAUCUUCAGAUAUGGCAUUUUGGCGAUAUCGUUUUGAAGAAUUAGCCGAACCUGUACCAGCAUCUCCACCAAUUUACUACUAUCCUUUAAUUAAUGUACGAUUGACUACACUGGUAUUAGGUUGUCUUCUCAGUGUUGCGUUGAUUAGUUUAAUCAUAAUUAUUGUGUUACUGAUGAAACGUCCACAACCAAAACAAUUUAAAUCAAGUAUACGUCAUAGUACACCGGGUAGUGAAUUUCAUUCAUUAUUGAAAGAUUCAUUUUCUAAUCGUAAUGUUUAUUCAACCAAAAUGUCAACUAUUCCUUGGACUCAACCGCCAACAACAACGACAACAUCAAUCUUACAACCGUUAACAAUAAGACCAACAUUAAAACCACCACCAAAACUACCGAGAAUAAGUUCUUUCGCUUAUCUUAAAUCCAAUGAUCAGAUUAGACAAAAACAAUUGAGUUUGUCUAAUUCAACAACAUCAUGUACAAGCUACCACAUAUCAUUAUAUUCUGAAGAGAAAUUUCCUAACAGAUUAUCAACUAAACAGAAUAAUACUAAUAAACAUCCACUACCUCCCCCAGUACCAUCAAACCGUGUAAAAUCCGCAUCUGGUUCUUCGAAUGCAUCAUUGUCAUUGAUAUCAUCCUCAUCAUCCUCACCGACGUUGGGAUCGUCAAUGAGAACUUCAAAAUUACACAGUCAAAGACAAAUAAAACACAAACAUGAUAAAAAUAGAUUAUUACAUGGAGAUGAUCAUGAUGUUGUAAUGAAUCGGAAAGAAUCGAAAUCAUCUGAUCGAUUAUUGUACACAAGACACACGAUGAAAAAUAAUAGUAUUGCCCUUCCGACUACAGAUAUACAUAAUAAUAAUUAUGAUUACAAUCCAUAUGUUACAGAUGUUUAAUGUUAAAAUUUAUAAAUUAAACUGUAUAUGGUAAUUUUGAUUAAGCCUGACUGGUGCAUUUCUAUCGUCAUUUUUUAUCUGUUAAGUUAAACUCGCAUGUUCGGUUUAAUGUCCAAAAAGAAAUUGAGUGGUACUUUAAAGGGUGGUUAAUGUUCUCUAUUCUAAUAUGGUUGACUUCUGUUUAUUUUUUAUUGUGUAUUUAUCAAAAUGUUGAUACUGUUCUCCGCCUCUCAAAAUAUGGAAUUGUCUUAUUUCUUUCAGGAGUAUGUAUUAAUGUUUUUGUUAAGAAAAGAUAACUGGAAUAUUAA